CGCAUUGUCAUUUGUCAGCAACCAAACAGGGAAUUUGGUUCGUCAGUUUCGAUGAUGAUGAAGAUGUCUGUUUCAUGGAAUAACAAAAUCUGGGCGCGCUUUAAACGUGCACCCCAAUUCCGCAACCGACACGGACCUGAAGGAUUUGGAGUUCAUCUUCUCCAUUUCCCCUUUGAGGUGCCCCGAAGAUACCCGACAAUCUACAGGCAACUUCCGACCCAAUCUGCAGAUUCUGUUGCUAAACAGGAGUGUAGAUGGAACUGGAUACAGGAGCAGCAGGUCCUUCUCCACUUGAUUUUAAACACUCACAAAGAACCAUCAUUCGGUGUUCCGAACACGAAUACAGCUUUCUAUCCCCAGGAACUGUCGCAGAAUUUGAUUGGAAGGACUAUUGUCCUGCAGUUUUCAGGCACAUACAAGCGCUUGACAAUAUCAAUUAUGACGAUUACAUGCUCUCUAUCUGUGGCCAUGAGAUCCUUCACGAUGUUUCAUCUACAACGAGGCCUGGUGCCUUGCACUACUUGCCCCACGAUGACCGUUUCAUGAUAAAAACACUGAAGAAAUCAGAGGUGAAGGUACUUCAGGAAAUGCUUCCAAACUACUAUCGGCAUUUGAAAAAAUACAGGGCGUCGUUGCUGGCUAAGUUUUACGGACUCCACUUCAUCAGACCAAGUAGAGGCCCUAAGGUUUACUUUGUGGUCAUGUCCAACAUUUUGAAGUCGGAUCAGUUCAUACAUAUGAGUUAUGACCUCAAAGGCUCAUCUCAAGGUCGAAGUGUCAACAAGCUAGAGUAUGGGCAGAAAACCAUUCUAAAAGAAAUUGAUCUUGACUUCCGGUUUUACCUGGACCCACUGACCCGAGUUAGACUCUUGACGCAAAUCAAGUACGACUGUGAGUUUCUGGAGUCUGAGGGGAUCAUGGAUUAUAGUCUACUGCUUGGCGUCCAUGUCGAAACUUCACAUCAAGGUAUAGGCAGUGGGAAACAUCCUGAUGCAGAUGUAGCCUGUGAAGAUCGAGCACACUCUAAGAGGGACUUUGAGCUAACUAUGCCCGACUUAUGUGAACCAAACUUCAGGCCCCGGUUCAGGCUUGGAGUGAAUGUGCCUGCACGAGCGAUUAGGACUCCAAAAGAGAGCAAUAGAGGAAUCAUGUCCAUGAAGACGGAGGAAAGCUACAAUGUGUUCUUAUAUUGCGGAAUAAUUGAUCUCUUCCAGAGCUACAGCAUGAGCAAGCGAAUCGAGCAUGCAUACAAAUCAUUACAGUACGACUCCAAGUUGAUAUCAGCUGUAAAUCCAAAAGCUUAUUCGUCCCGUUUUCAGGAGUUUCUCAGUACGAUAUUUCAAGAGAAUGAGUCAGAUUUGUAACCCCAGUACUCGUUAAUUGCUGUAAAUGUUAUGCAGUUAAUGAUAUCAUAAUUCCUUUUCCUUGCCAGAA